UCGGUCCCACCUGAGGGCAAGAACGGAGGCGAAAAGAAACAGGCAGGGAAGGCUGACCUUGUUGCUACUGACAGUGGAGCGACGCAUCCUGCUGCUUCCUGGAAAGCCGCCCGAAGGACAUUUUUUCUCCCAGGAGGAAGGAAACGGGAGGGCGCCGGCCGGACGGCGGCGGGCGCGGAGGCGUUAGUCCGGGCGGGCUGUGCAGCCUCGAGCGGGGACGGUCCGAGGACUACAUCUCCCAGGCUGCUCUGGGCCGCCCUGCGUCGUGACCCCGGCGCGCACGGAGGCGGCGACUCUUACCUCACAAAGGUAGCUCCUCCGCCGGCAGUAGCUCGGCGCCCGCGGUCCAUGGACCGGAACCUCGGGCCGACGGGCAGGAACCCGGGCCGCGAUCGCCGCCUCCCCGCCUAAGGCUCCUCCUCCUUGCUCUCCGCCGCCUACCCCGAACGCCCGCAGGCUCCGCACAGCCGUCGCCUGGCUAGCCGAGCUGCCCCAGGAAGCUGGGUGGCGGGUUCGCGACUGCCGCGGGACUGAGGCCUACUCUGCCGCCUCUCAGUGCUAUUGUCCCUGGGCCUGGCCCUGAGCAGGUCUACUGGGGAGGGCCGAGUGCGCCGGCUCCGCGGAAGAUGCCGGAUCAAGCCCUACAGCAGAUGCUGGACAGAAGUUGCUGGGUCUGUUUUGCUACUGAUGAAGAUGAUAGAACAGCUGAAUGGGUGAGACCAUGCAGGUGCAGAGGAUCUACAAAAUGGGUUCACCAGGCCUGUCUACAACGCUGGGUGGAUGAAAAGCAAAGAGGAAACAGUACAGCCAGAGUGGCAUGUCCUCAGUGCAAUGCUGAAUACCUAAUAGUUUUUCCAAAGUUGGGUCCAGUUGUUUACGUCUUGGAUCUUGCAGAUAGACUGAUCUCAAAAGCCUGUCCAUUUGCUGCAGCAGGAAUAAUGGUCGGCUCUAUCUAUUGGACAGCUGUGACUUAUGGAGCAGUGACAGUGAUGCAGGUUGUUGGUCAUAAAGAAGGUCUAGACGUUAUGGAAAGAGCUGAUCCUUUAUUCCUUUUAAUUGGACUUCCUACUAUUCCUGUCAUGCUGAUAUUAGGCAAGAUGAUUCGCUGGGAGGACUAUGUGCUUAGACUAUGGCGCAAAUACUCAAAUAAACUACAAAUUUUAAAUAGUAUAUUUCCAGGGAUUGGUUGUCCUGUUCCUCGAAUUCCAGCUGAGGCUAAUCCUUUAGCAGAUCAUGUCUCUGCUACUCGAAUUUUGUGUGGAGCCCUUGUCUUUCCUACUAUUGCUACAAUAGUUGGUAAAUUGAUGUUCAGUAGUGUUAACUCUAAUUUACAAAGGACAAUCUUGGGUGGAAUUGCUUUUGUUGCCAUAAAAGGAGCAUUUAAAGUUUACUUCAAACAGCAGCAAUAUUUACGACAGGCACACCGCAAAAUUCUAAAUUAUCCAGAACAAGAAGAAGCAUAAAACUGUGACUUCUGGUUGUCCUGCAGUCCUCUCAUUCUUAUGAAUCUGUUUUGUUGUUUUGAUUCCAUCAUUAAUGCACUUGUGAAGACUUGUGAUAAGCUGCUGCUCCUGUAUUUUUUAAGAAAUAUAAUAAAGCACUUAGGGCAAGGGAAAUCAUCUCGGUAAUCACGGAACCUAAGGAUGUGAUUUGUUUUCAUUGUUUGUAUGUACUACUUUUAUGGCAGUCAUAUGAACUGUUAUCUUAGCAUGAUAAACCUGGGUUUUGUUCAUAUUUUCUCCAGACAGAAAUGUAAAGAUCAAACUGCAAAUAUUAAAAAAAUGGACAUGCUGUUUUAUUCAAAUGCCUCUUUUGUACAUGUUCAUGUCUAGUUGUUUUCUUAGAAUCAGCAACUCAAUGAAGGUACUAUAAGGAUUUUUCUCACUGACAUAAUUUGAUUACAUACUAAAUAAGAGGCUAUGUUAAUAUGAGGAAAUGUAAAUUAAAUUAGUUAUAAAUAAAUAACCAAAAAUGUAUGUAAACAUUCAAACGAUUAUCUGAACAAAUGAGAUUUUGUGGUAUUUUCUUUAACCCAUGUGAUGUCCUCUAAAAUGUGUAGGGUAAAAAUUCACAGGGCUUCCAGAUCACUUUUUCGCUAUUAAAUUUUAUUUAUAUAAUGUUGACAUCUCAUA